AUGUCAGUCCCAUGGAACCAAACGCCUUUGCUUCGGUCAAACUUCAAAGUCGAGGAGCAGAGGCCUGCUCUUGCACAUUCUCUUCCUGCUAACCUGCUAGUGUCGUUGAGCCCUAUGGCACCAACGGUGCAGGUUGAUCCUGCACACAUCAACCUUGCGCAGUACCUCAGCUCUCUGCCUGCUCAGACCAACAGCAACCUCUUGCUCUUGAAUGCUGCCACUGGAAACGCCAGCGCCUUGAACCUCCAAAAAAUGAACGCAACUUCACCAAUGAGUGCUGCGCAGCAGCUAUACAAUGCCGAGAAUGCUUCCUUGAUAGCGGCGAGCAUGGCUGGGUUGCAGGGGGUGAACUUGAAGGAGGUCUUGAUGAUGCGGCAAGCUCUUGCUGAGAAUAUCAAGAUGCAGCCUCAAGUUGUUCUUCAGCAGAAUCCCGUACUCAACGAGCAGAUCUUGUUUCAACAAGCCCUAGCGGAGCAGCGAAGUUUGCUCCAGCAGCUUCUAGUGCAGCAGCAGGCAUCCUCUGUCCUGGCCGCCGCAAAGAGCACGAGUGCCAACAAGGCGAUGGCAAGACCCCCAUCCUCCAUGCAGCCUCACAUCGCUCUUGCAUACAAGCAGCAGGUCGCCAGAAAAGUCAACAUGGCAAAGACAUCUCCCCCGUCCUCAAUGAAUUCGUCUUCCUCUACGUCUCCUGCUGCUGCCGCUGCUGCUGCCGCUGCUGCUGCCGCUGCUGCUGCGGCACGCUCCUUCAGAUUAGGAAGAGGCCCGCGUCUGAUGCCGCUCCUGCUAGUGUUCAUCAGCAUGCCAACGGAGAGAAGAGGCUGA